AUGACCAGGAACUUUGCAAAAACACUCCAGGACGAUCCCAAGGGUAGAAAACGGAUUCUCAAACCUGCCGUGGAAAAGAAAAGAAGAGAUCGGAUAAAUAAAAGUCUUGCUGAGCUGAGAAACCUGUUGUUGACUAACACAGCCGAUCCGCGUUUGCAGAAUCCCAAAAUCGAGAAAGCGGAAAUUUUGGACUUGACCGUGGAGUAUCUUCACAAAUGGACAGAUGGCAAGAGAAUGAGCAAUGAUGCUCCCAGCGGCGCGGUAAGUCUCCAUCCGAGCGGCCCCCCUCUCUUUACCGUCGAGGGUGCCGGUUUUCAGCAGUGCGUGUCUGAAAUGGUCAGCUACAUGCACAAGAUGCCGGCCUCGCAGCGAGCCGGCUUCUUGGAGGGCCUGAGGCAGCACGCCGAGAAGCAGCAGGCCCGGCGGCCCCCGGCGUUAAACUCCCUCGCGAGGCUUCUGGACGCGGCGUCGGUGGAGGCCAUUUGCACAUCUGACAGUAAAGAAGACACCAUCAACUACUCGCCGCCUCAGCCUCACGCUUGCUCCACUCCGCACCACUCCCCUCCCACCUCUCCCUGGUUCUCUCCCACUUUCUCCACAUUUGCUUCCUCCUCUCCUCCUUUCCCCUCGUUGGCCUGUCGCUUCUCCUUCCCCCCAAGCCUGUCACCUCCGUUGGCCAACGCCUCUUUUUCCAGCCUACACACGCUUCCUGCCCACGUGGGUUCCUCCUCACCCACGCUGGGUCCCACGGUCUUCCACUACCCUUCUGUCACCUCCCUGAGGUCACCUCCACACUCCGCACAGACAAGUACGUCAACCUCACUCGCGUGGAGACCCUGGUUCUGA